AUGACGCUAGAAAUGGGGUCACAAAAAAAGAAAGGACCUAGGACAAAUAUAGUGAAGAGUUCAUUUAUACCACCGGGUGCAUUAAGAAGGGCAAGGGGACAUGGACAUCAAUCAAGAUCAUUUUUACCUAUGACAUCCACACAAAGUCAAACUGCAUCAAUUGCACGUUGUUCGUUAGAGCCACAUAAUGACAUCUCUCUUUUUCAAGAUGUUGAUCAUAGGGAAGAAGAUGGUGGAGUACAGGAACAAAUACCUGAACAAGUGCAUGAAGAUUUUGAUACUGCAGAAUGUAAUACAACAAGGCAACAUCAAAGUAAUAAUAAUCCAGCUCAGGAAGAAACACAAGAAGGUAUUUCCACUAUACAAAAGAAGAGAAAAACAAGAGGAAUGAACAAGGGUAAAAAGAUUGCAGCACUUAAGAAUGGAGAGAAACUGGAUGUGGUUUUUUAUAAUAAUCGAACAUUUGGGCAAAAUAAUGCGUGA